AUGCCCGUGCACCCCGCUGAGGAGACUGCCACCGGCGACAUCACCGACCAGGUUGCCAAGGCAUCGUCCGACAGCACCGCCUCCUCGCACCCUCUUCACGACACCGAGUCCAACGUCACCUCUGGCGGAUCCAACAGCAAGGCCCACGCCUCGGACCACAAGGCUCACCCCGGCCCCGUCAUUGUAGACGAUAUCGGCAAGCCGGCGAGCAAGGAGGAGCUCAAGGCCCGGGCCGCGGAGCUGAACAAGUAA